CUGCGACGCCGACAGCGCAGCCAAAACGCAGACGAUCGCUGGCAUUUCGCCUGAGGCGGUAUCUACACUCAUUGGCAAACAAACGAUCGACCGAAACGCAGUUGCUGUAAAGUAUUCAAAAUGAAGGGAUCGACGCUGGACAAAAUCUCCGCCUUCCUGGGCGAGCUCAUCGGCACCGGCAUCCUGGUCUUCCUGGGCUGCAUGGGCUGCGUCAAGACGGACCUCUUCCCCAACAACCAUCUCCAGAUUGUGCUGAACUUCGGCUUCGCCGUCCUCAUUGCCAUCCAGUGCUUCGGCUGUGUAUCCGGAGCUCAUCUCAAUCCCGCCGUCACUGUUGCCGCCUACAUCUACGAGAUGGUCUCCCUGCGCAUGGCCUUCGCCUACGUUGCGGCCCAGCUGUUGGGCGCCUUCAUCGGCUAUGGCCUGCUGAUGGUUCUGCUGCCCUCUGCCACCCUUUCCGUGGGCGCCGGCCUCUGCGUGACCUUGCCCCACGCCACCGUGUCCGCCAGCCAGGCCUUCGGCAUUGAGUUCGUCAUCACCUCCAUUCUGGUCAUCGUCUGCUGCGGCGUCUGGGAUCCCCGCAACUCCAAGUUCCACGACUCCGUGGGCAUCCGCUUCGGCCUGGCCAUCGCCUGUCUUGCCUGUGCUGCCGGACCCUUCACUGGUGCCAGCAUGAACCCGGCCAGGUCCUUCGCCCCCGCCCUGUGGAACAAACACUUCGAGGACAACUGGAUCUACUGGCUGGCCCCGCUGAGCGCUUCCGCCAUCACCGCCUACGCCUACAAGGUCGUCUUCCGCCGCGAGGUGGUGGAGGCGGAGAUCACCUCCAACGAGAAGCUGCGCCAGUUGGAGGACGUCCAGCUGUCGUAGAUGCCAAAGACAUUGCUGUAGUGAAAGCCUUAACUAAUUUCUAAUUUCUAGCUUCUAAUCUAAGACGCCGAAUUUCAUAUUAAUGCAUUCAUUGUACGCUAAUUCAAAAGUGUUUUCCCAAAGUGCUCGAACGUUUCGAAAGCGAUAAAUUGUGUUUUUGAAACCAUAAACCACUUGAUGAUCACACCAAUUGCCUUCAGUAAUAAAGAACAUCGAGAUUUUUAAUCUAUUUCUAAUGAAA